UGUAACAGCGAAUCCGUGGCCAGACGACUGACGGAUAGCGCCUCUGUGAAAUAGAAUGAACAUGUAUCUAACUGUGUUGUUUUUGGUGUUGACUUUAUAUGGUGUCCCUUCAACCGGACAAAAGAAAAAGGAGACUCUGCUCUCUGAGAAGGUAGGUCAGUUGAUGGACUGGACAGGGAGAAGAGCUGUGAUCCGUAUGAACGGGGAGAAGUUCCGUCGCUUUGUGAAGGCUCCUCCCAGGAACUACUCUGUGGUCAUCAUGUUCACCGCCCUGCAGCCACAGAGACAGUGUGGUGUCUGCAAACAGGCUGACGAUGAGUACCAGAUCCUAGCUAAUUCCUGGCGUUACUCCACUGCCUUCACCAACAAGGUCUUCUUCGCUACCGUCGACUUUGAUGAAGGAUCUGACGUCUUUCAGAUGUUGAAUAUGAACUCGGCUCCCUCCUUCAUCCAUUUCCCUGCUAAAGGGAAGCCUAAGAAGUCUGACUCCUAUGAGCUGCAGGUCAGAGGCUUUGCUGCAGAACAGCUGGCCCGCUGGGUCGGGGACCGCACUGACGUACAGAUCCGUGUGAUCCGUCCUCCUAACUAUGCAGGGCCGUUGAUGCUGGGAUUCCUGCUGGCAGUCAUAGGAGGACUGGCUUACCUCCGCAGAAACAACCUGGAAUUCCUCUACAACAAGAACGUCUGGGCCUUCUCUGCUCUGUGUUUCUGCCUGAUCAUGACUUCAGGUCAGAUGUGGAACCACAUUAGAGGACCUCCCUACGCCCACAAGAACCCCACCACUGGACAAGUGAGUUACAUCCACGGCAGCAGUCAGGCCCAGUUUGUAGCAGAAACUCACAUCGUGCUGCUCUUCAACUCUGCUGUUACCAUGGGGAUGGUGCUGUUGCAUGAGGCUGCCACGUCAGAUAUGGACAUUGGCAAGAGGAAAAUCAUGUGUGUAGCAGGGAUCGGUCUGGUGAUGCUCUUCUUCAGUUGGCUGCUGUCCAUCUUUAGAGCUAAAUACCAUGGAUACCCUUACAGUUUCCUGUUGAGUUAGAGAGCUGGGAGGAAGAAGCCUGGAAGUUCCAAAGUGCCUCGGACGCCUCACACCACAACAACAACACCACCACAACAACACAACACCACACCACAACACACCACACCACACACCAUCACCACAACAACACAACACAACACCACCACAACAUACCACAACACAACACACCAUCACCACAACACAACACCACAACAACACACCACAACAACACAAUACCAUCACAACACAACACAACACACCAUCACCACAACACAAUACCAUCACAACAUACCACCACCACAACAACACACACCACAACAACACACCACAACAACACACCACACCACAACUCAACAACAUACCACAACACCACAACAACACACCACAACAACACACCACAACACACCACAACAACAUAACACCACAACAACACCAAAACAACACAACACUACCAAAACAACAUAACACCACCACAACACAACACACCACAACAACACAACACACCACAACAACACAACACCACCAAAACAACACAACACCACCAAAACAACAUAACACCACCAAAACAACACAACACCACCAAAACAACAUAACACCACCAAAACAACACAACACCACAACAACACAACACACCACAACAACAUAACACCACCAAAACAACACAACACCACCAAAACAACAUAACACCACCAAAACAACAUAACACCACAACAACACAACACACCAAAACAACACAACACCACCAAAACAACAUAACACCACAACAACAUAACACCACCAAAACAACACACCAAAACAACAUAACACCACAACAACACAACACAACAACACACCACGACAACAUAACACACCACACUACAACACACCACUACAACACACCACACUACAACACACCACACUACAACACACCACAACAACACAACACAACAACACACCACACUACAACACAACACACCACAACACACCACACUACAACACACCACUACAACACACCACACACUGUUCAUCUGGAUUUGGCUUUAUCUCCUCUGUUACUAGAAACUACCAGGAAGACAUUGUUUACAAUGACAUUUACAAAGUUCAGAAUGUCUUUUUAUAAAUAAAUAAAAUAGAUAUGAAGGUGACCUUUGACACCAGAUUGGUCAUAACAGCCAGUACUACCUACAGUAUGGUGGUGAGGAUGUUCUACCUUCUACCUACAGUAUGGUGGUGAGGAUGUUCUACCUUCUACCUACAGUAUGGUGGUGAGGAUGUUCUACCUACAGUAUGGUGGUGAGGAUGUCCUACCUACAGUAUGGUGGUGAGGAUGUCCUACCUACAGUAUGGUGGUGAGGAUGUCCUACCUACAGUAUGGUGGUGAGGAUGUCCUACCUACAGUGUGGUGGUGAGGAUGUUCUACCUACAGUAUGGUGGUGAGGAUGUUCUACCUACAGUGUGGUGGUGAGGAUGUUCUGCCUACAGUGUGGUGGUGAGGAUGUCCUACCUACAGUAUGGUGGUGAGGAUGUUCUACCUACAGUAUGGUGGUGAGGAUGUUCUACCUUCUACCUACAGUAUGGUGGUGAGGAUGUUCUACCUACAGUGUGGUGGUGAGGAUGUCCUACCUACAGUAUGGUGGUGAGGAUGUUCUACCUACAGUAUGGUGGUGAGGAUGUUCUACCUACAGUGUGGUGGUGAGGAUGUCCUACCUACAGUAUAGUGGUGAGGAUGUCCUACCUACAGUAUGGUGGUGAGGAUGUCCUACCUACAGUAUGGUGGUGAGGAUGUCCUACCUACAGUAUGGUGGUGAGGAUGUUCUGCCUACAGUAUGGUGGUGAGGAUGUCCUGCCUACAGUAUGGUGGUGAGGAUGUCCUACCUACAGUAUGGUGGUGAGGAUGUUCUACCUACAGUAUGGUGGUGAGGAUGUCCUACCUACAGUAUGGUGGUGAGGAUGUCCUACCUACAUAGAGGAUGUAGAUUGAACAUCCUUAUCCUCCAUUUCCUCUGGAUAGAACAUCCUUAUCCUCCAUUUCCUCUGUGGAUAGAACAUCCUUAUCCUCCAUUUCCUCUCUGUGGAUAGAACAGCCUUAUCCUCCAUUUCCUCUCUGUGGAUAGAACAUCCUUAUCCUCCAUUUCCUAUAUGUGGAUAGAACAUCCUUAUCCUCCAUUUCCUCUGUGGAUAGAACAUCCUUAUCCUCCAUUUCCUCUCUGUGGAUAGAACAUCCUUAUCCUCCAUUUCCUCUGGAUAGAACAUCCUUAUCCUCCAUUUCCUCUGUGGAUAGAACAUCCUUAUCCUCCAUUUCCUCUGUGGAUAGAACAUCCUUAUCCUCCAUUUCCUCUGUGGAUAGAACAUCCUUAUCCUCCAUUUCCUCUGUGGAUAGAACAUCCUUAUCCUCCAUUUCCUCUGUGGAUAGAACAUCCUUAUCCUCCAUUUCCUCUGUGGAUAGAACAUCCUUAUCCUCCAUUUCCUCUGUGGAUAGAACAUCCUUAUCCUCCAUUUCCUCUGUGGAUAGAACAUCCUUAUCCUCCAUUUCCUCUAUGUGGAUAGAACAUCCUUAUCCUCCAUUUCCUCUGUGGAUAGAACAUCCUUAUCCUCCAUUUCCUCUGUGGAUAGAACAUCCUUAUCCUCCAUUUCCUCUUUCUACAUGGAGGAUAAGGACGUUCUGUCUACAUAAAGGAAAUGGAGAUAUUGGUGUACAGUGUUUGUACUGGUCUAUGAAUCUAAAGCAUUGUAUUGGUCUAUGGUUCUACACAUGUUGUACCGGUCUAGCAUGUUGAUGAUCAGUACAGACUGGGUUAGAGAACAGAGAGGGUCUGUAACUGAGUGUUGGGGUUAGAGAACAGAGAGGGUCUGUAACUGAGUGUUGGGGUUAGAGAACAGAGAGGGUCUGUAACUGAGUGUUGGGGUUAGAGAACAGAGAGGGUCUGUAACUGAGUGUUGGGGUUAGAGAACAGAGAGGGUCUGUAACUGAGUGUUGGGGUUAGAGAACAGAGAGGGUCUGUAACUGAGUGUUGGGGUUAGAGAACAGAGAGGGUCUGUAACUGAGUGUUGGGGUUAGAGAACAGAGAGGGUCUGUAACUGAGUGUUGGGGUUAGAGAACGGAGAGGGUCUGUAACUGAGUGUUGGGGUUAGAGAACAGAGAGGGUCUGUAACUGAGUGUUGGGGUUAGAGAACAGAGAGGGUCUGUAACUGAGUGUUGGGGUUAGAGAACAGAGAGGGUCUGUAACUGAGUGUUGGGGUUAGAGAACAGAGAGGGUCUGUAACUGAGUGUUGGGGUUAGAGAACAGAGAGGGUCUGUAACUGAGUGUUGGGGUUAGAGAACAGAGAGGGUCUGUAACUGAGUGUUGGGGUUAGAGAACAGAGAGGGUCUGUAACUGAGUGUUGGGGUUAGAGAACAGAGAGGGUCUGUAACUGAGUGUUGGGGUUAGAGAACAGAGAGGGUCUGUAACUGAGUGUUGGGGUUAGAGAACGGGGAGGAUCUGUAACUGAGUGUUGGGGUUAGAGAACAGAGAGGGUCUGUAACUGAGUGUUGGGGUUAGAGAACAGAGAGGGUCUGUAACUGAGUGUUGGGGUUAGAGAACGGGGAGGAUCUGUAACUGAGUGUUGGGGUUAGAGAACAGAGAGGGUCUGUAACUGAGUGUUGGGGUUAGAGAACGGGGAGGAUCUGUAACUGAGUGUUGGGGUUAGAGAACAGAGAGGGUCUGUAACUGAGUGUUGGGGUUAGAGAACAGAGAGGGUCUGUAACUGAGUGUUGGGGUUAGAGAACGGGGAGGAUCUGUAACUGGGGUAUGGAGGGUUAGAGAACAGAGAGGAUCUGUAACUGGGGUAUGGAGGGUUAGAGAACGGGGAGGAUCUGUAACUGGGGUAUGGAGGGUUAUGUGAUAUCUGACUGAGCUGCUGUAUGUCUCUGUCUGUCUCAGGUGGUGAUGAUGCUUGUUGCCAUUAAAGUGCCUUAAUGACUA